AUGUUUUCAAGACUCAGGUUCUUCUGCACGCUCCUCACGACCAUCCUCGCAUCUCCAGUAGAUCGUGAACUUCCGGGAAUACAAUGUCGCUGUCUCUCUCUUUCCAUGGAUACAACCCCAUCCGCCUGCACAAUCCUCGGCUUCCAGAGCUACAGCUGGCAAACUGCGCAGUCUCUCGCGUUCAAACACAAUCUCAGGCUUGAGUUCGCCAGCCAAGCCACAAUCUCACAUGUCAUGUCUACCGGCCGACCCAUGUCCGAUCUCGUAUUGUGGGCCGUGAGCCACGGAGAGGCGGACCUGUCUCCCGCGAAGGAAAGGGAGACGGAAAACAAGAUGAUCUGCGGAUAUGGGGACGAGGUCAGGAAGAUGAGCGGGUAUGGGGGGGCUGAGCCGCAGACUCAUGGUCUUGGGCAAGUGCUUGGUGUCUUCAUGUUGCUUGUUGCUGCGUAUGUUGCCGGCGAGUAUGUAUGGACAAGAUACCGAGAAGGAAGCAUCAAGCUUGGCGGAGAAGAACGACGCCUCACUUCCACUGCGGGUGUGGAAUCAGAGAAGCCAUCGACAGCUCAAUCGGCUUCUGCACCUAUCGACAGGAGGGACAACUCAGCGCCGUGGACAUUCUCAUGA